AUGCGAGACCCUCAGCUGUACGCUGUGUUGGUCGGCAGCCAGCACCAGAUGGACAUGUAUGUAGUACCCUGGGGUGGUGCAUUUGGGUUUGCAUGUUAUGAGAGCAGAGGCUGGGGUCUCUCAGGGCUGACAUCUCUCUCUGAUUUCAGGAAUUGUCCUUCGCCUUUUAAAAGAAAGAAAGAAAAGCAAGGAACUAAUGUGAGACAUGAGAGCCAACAGCAUCAGCCUGGCAGGAAGGCUCCAACGUAUGAAGACGUCCCAGAGUUUCCUGUCUACGCCACCGUGAGUAAACCCAAGAGUGUGAAGCAGGAUGACAGCAUCCAUUACGCAGACAUCCAAGUGUUCACCAAGGUCCGGGAGCGCUCUGCAGCAGAGGUGAAGAACUUACAAAUGCAGAAUGCCACAGAGUAUGCCACCCUCAACUUCCCCCGGCCCAGACUGAAAUAUGACAGUAAGAAUGGGACUCUGGUAUAA